AUGUCCGACCAAGCCCAACCCCAAACCGUGUCUCAAGAUUCGGCGAUGCAAGUCUUUCGCGCCCUCAAGCCAGACAUGGACGACGAGACCGCAAGACUGCUUAGAAACAGUCUCCACGAGACAGACAACUCCCUGUUCACCCUCUUGAUGAACAGUGACUGGGAGGUGUACCGGACCAACCGAGACGCCGUCAAGCUCUUUUUCGACUAUGUCCAAGCUGGGUGGGCUCUCAUCGAUGCCACUGUGGACGAAGAUACCCCGAUUCAACAGAGAACCGCUUUGAAGGUGCUCAUUCGCAGUCUCCAUGUGAGUCUCGAAAAGGAGCUGGAUAGUUUUGAGGAGCACGAAAUUUGA